AUGGCCUCCAAACAAAUCAUUAUUUCUCCCUAUGUUAACAUUAACGAGAUCAAUCCUGCUCUGGAUCACUACAAGAUCAGGGGAACAAGAGUUCACGCGUCUAUUGAGGAUGCAUUGGUGAAGAAAUUUCAUAACCAAAUCAAUGUUGGUGAAUCGAAGAUAAUCGAUACUUUCAGUUUGGUUGAUUAUGACGGUGAUUACAGGACAAGUGCUUUGGGAUUUAAGAUGGUGUUCUAUAGAACCACCACAUUUAAACCAUGUGAUGAUUUUUCGGUACGAGUACCUGAAAAAUACUUUCAAGAAUUUUCAACUAUCUUGGCUGGAAAAAUAGAUAAACAAGUAUUGUUUGAUGUGGUGGGCCAAAUUGCUGGUGUUGAUUCUCUUGAUAACGUUAAAACUAAGGGAAAGGAAAAUGUGAAGAUAAGUUUUGACUUACAAGAUUUAAGUGGUGACCGAUUAAGUUGUACGAUAUGGGGUGAUCUUGCUAGAACUUUUGAAGCUUCUAUAAAAGAACACGAAAACUCGGUUGUUGUGUGUGUGAUUAGAUUUGCAUGUUUGAAAGAGUGGAAAGGCAAUUACAAUGUAUCAAACGCAUUCAACACCACAUAUAUUCACUUAAAUCCAUCAAUUCCCGAAGUCAAAAAAUUCCGACAAAUGAUGCCAAACACUAGCGUUGUUGAGUUGGUUCAAAAUGAGGAUGAAGCAAAGAAUAGACAGCCAAAGCUUUUUGUUGGUAAAAAGGAUGAUGAAUUGGUUUCCCAAAUAGCCGAGGACGAUCUUAACAUCAUGUUCGUUUCUCUUUCUGCUCUAAUCGGGAAGACCAUGCUCUUUAAGAUUUCUAUCACCAUUAAUAAUUUGAAGAGUGACAAGGGUUCUUAUGUUGUUGAAAAGUUUUGGGAAAAAGAGGAUAUGGUAAACCAGUUUGUCAAGGAAACUUACAGAAAGGUUAAUGAUAAUUGA